GAGGACGUGUUCACCAUGUGCGCGGAGGACGCUGGCGUGUUCGUCGACUGCUUCAGCUAUAUGGGCGUGGCCCAGGCCGCCGAGGAGUGCGCGGACCCAGUGUUCAAGGAGAAGUGGGACAGGGCCAAGAAAGCCCGUGCCCAACCAGAUUCAGUGGACUUGGUUAAGCAGACCGUUCAGCAAUCACGCUCCUACACGGUCAAGGUCUACCGCAAAUGGACAGCGAUGAGCACCUCAGAAUGCGUAUCAAUUUUCGGCAAGCAGCCGUUGAAGGAAGACGUGAAGAACCUCCCUACCAUCCGCAUCCCGUGCGACACAGACCCCGUUGGCCCUCAUGAGUUGGUAUACUUGUUCACUUGGGAGGUCAACAGCCCCCUUCGGACGGUGGAGGUCGGUUUCACAAUUGAUAGCGACGCGGCGACCAUCGCGAUGGACGUCGGGAUGCAGUUCUACGCGGAGCAGACGAAGCAACAAGUUUCGGAUGACUUCGACAGCCUGGUCAAAAAAGACUUCCACACGAUCCGAGAGUUCUCUGAGACGGCGGAUCUCCCUCUCAAAGCCGUUGAGAAGGCGUGCGCCGUGGCCAACCUGCCCGUCGCAGCCGUCGGCAAUUCGGGGGCGUCUAGCAGAUGCAGCCCCGUUCAGAGCCCAGGUCCAGGUUGCGGUAACAUUCUGUUCACGCCGUCGCCCGAUCAGUCGCGCGUCGGCGAGAGCCUGGUGAGUGCCGGGAGUGGGCAGCCCAACCAUGUCCAGAAAGUUGGGCUUCAGCAGCUCGGAUCGGCAGGCUCCGCGGCCGGCGGCAAGAGCAGGGCGCCGUCGCUCAAGGGUAUCCCAGACGACGUGGGUGAUAGUGCCGGCCUCACCGGUGGCGGCGAGGGCGAUGACAUUACUGACUCCGCGACAACGUACAUCAAGAAGCUCAGCCUCGUGGGCGCGAUGCUCCUCGAGAAGCAGAGGUUGAGCUACCACCGCGCAAAAGGUCGGAUCGAAGGUUGGGAGAAGAACCCCAGCAUGGAGGACCAGAGCAAGAGGCUGAAGAAGCAUAUGGCCAACUGGGUGCUGGCCGAAAGCUUGAACCCUACUAACCUGAAGGACCUCAGUAAGAGUGAGUGCGAGAAAGCGUUUGAGAAGCUCUCGGCCAUCGUCAAGAUCCCAGGCGCCGUGAUGUGCACGCUCUGGGAGAAAAGCUACAAGCAGAUCUUCACGCAGACGGGAGUUACCAGUGAGGACGAGAAGAUCACCACAUUGUUGGCCUACUCGUGGCCUUGGAACGUACCAGCACUGGCCCACGAGAAGAGCUGUGCCACGUUCGAGGAUGCCUUUGACAUCAAGGACCCUCGGCUCAUGUUCGUCGACGCCGCCUCUUUCGAUGAGAAGAUGGCCCUCUUCAAGGCGCAGUUCCUGAAGGGGCUGUUGUGCGCGCACAUCUCUAAAGGAGGUGAGUCUGCCAAUGCAGUCAUGCGCGUGUGCAUCACUUUACAGGAGUGGGUCACGCGCACCAUGGGGGAGAACGCCGUGAACGACGUCAGGGAGAUCAAUAACAUCGACAACCCGGUGGGCAUCGCCAAGAGCAUUGCGCCGUCCGUCUCCGACGUGGGCUUCUACAGCGACCGCAUCCAGCUCGUCAUGAUGAGCGCCGCGAAGUUCCAGGAGGCGAUCAGUGCAGGCGGGGGCCACAAGCAUGAGUUCUGGGGCGAGCUCACCGAGAUAUUGAAGAUGUUGCCAACGGUCAUAUUCGCGAUCCCCGCAGAAUUCAAAGUUCAGAUUCGGGCAGACGUUCUGGGCGAGGUGAAGGAGGUCGCAGGUGGAGACCCGAUGCAGACUGCUGGGGUCCACGCUGCCUUUGCGUCGGCCUUCGGGGCCGCGACAACUGCAAAAGGCGCCCAUGAGAAGCUCUCUGAGAUCGAGGGCCUCGUGAGGAGCAACUCGUUGCAGACCUUGCCAGACGAGCUGGUGGAGACAAUCGUUGCUGGUCUGGACGGCCUAUGCGAUGCCGCCCUGGAUGUAUUUCCAGAUGCUGACGUCGACCGCAUCGGUGGAGUCGUCGACGACGCGUGCCAGUCCCUCGGCAGGGACGGCGAGCCCGUGGUCCAGAAGGUGAUGCACGCGCUCGUGACCGCUCGCUCCAUCGACACCCAGCUGAAGGCCCUGGGUGCUGCGACCACAGGCAUGGAGCAAACAUCAGAGAAAGUGGAACCCGUGCUAGUGAACACCCUGCAGUUCUUGAUGGGCGAACUGACCGAGCACCACAGCGACCUCUGCAAGCAAGAUGACCACAAAAGGCACGUCCAACGGCUCGACGACGUCAUGAAGCAGGCGGAGGGACGCUUGCAGUGGGCGGGCUCGCUCACGAUGAAGAACAACAAGCUCGAGCUGGCCGGG